AUGUCAUUAUAUUUGUAGAAAUAGAAAAAAGAGAGAAUAAAAAUAUAACCAAACUCUAAUGUGAAUAUAGAGGAUUAGAUUGUGAAUACUGUUCAUACUAAUUUUUAAGAGUUUUUUGAUUAUAAGAAAGGAUUAUGUGGAUUGCCAACUUACAUCACAAUGAAUAAUGAUCUAGUAUUUGUCGGAAUGGAAUAUUCAUACAUUUACAUCUUCUAAUAAGAUAACGAUUUUAAGCAAGAAUAUAAACUACUAGGGAAGGAUACUCAAAUUUAUAGAGGUUAAGUGAAAAUGAUAUAAAUUUCAAAUGAUAACUAAUUACUAUUGGUGACAUAUUCAAAUAAUGAGUUUGUUAUUUUUAGUUUAAAGUCCUUCAAAGAAGUGCUGCAGCACAGAUACUAACAUCUAAAAUAUGCUUAUAUGGUGCCUUUGUCAAUUAGUUCUGACAAUUUACUUCAAUUUAGAAAGGAAUAGUAUUACGAAAUCAUUAUUCAUUUGGAAAACAAUUAUUUAUUAAAGGUUCCUUUAGAGGUGAAUGUAUCAACAUUAGAACAGAAAAUAAGUAUUUCUAUUUACAAAUUUGGUGAACCUUGCGAGAGAUAGAAGAUUAAGGAAAAUAGACAUGCUAAAGUUUUUGAAAAUGAUUAUAUGAUGCCUCAGUAAUCAGUAAUUCAAGAUGUUUCCAUCAUGGAUUCAUGUUACGAAGAGUUCAUCUAAUGUAUGGAUGACAGAGAGAGUACAACUUCAAUAGGCAGUCAAUUAGAUCAAUCACCAACUAAAAAAAAGAAAAAUAAUUUUUUUAAAUCAAUAUUUUAAACCAGCCCAAACUAAAAAUAAGAAUAGCCUGAAGAAGCAAAUGAGUAUGUAAUUAGUACGUAAUUUUACUUAAUGGCAGUUGGAUUUGCAAAUAAGAUCCAAGUUGUCAAAGUGUUUUUUGGGUAUAAAUUAAAUCAAGAACAAUCAAAAAUAUAGUUAUUGUUGAAUUUUUAAAGAUCUGAUGCUUAUAUUUAUAAUUUAGUGUUUAAUUAGCCACAAGCAAUAGAUCAUGAUAAGACUAGAUGUUCGUGUGCUUGGGGUUUGGGUAGUUUUAAGGAGACAAACAAGAGAUAUGUAUUGUUAAUCAUAAAUUGGGGUUACAGAGAAUACUAUGCAUUUAAAGUGAUGUCUAGUGAUUACAAAAUUCAAGUAGUUCAAGGAGGUCAUUUCUAUAAUUCUGUUAAUUUAAGUUAACUGAGAGAAUAUCCAAUGGUAUGUAAUUUCAUAACAAAUUCUGCUUUUUACUCUGUUAUACACAAUCAAUAAAAUCAGACUGCCAUUAAACUAUUCACAACCUCAUAAUUUGAAUAUGGGGUACCAUUUGGUUUAGGUUAAAUUUUAAAGCAUUUUCUAUAGGAGAAGCAUAUCUCAACAUUGUAAAACGGUCAAUAUCAUCAAAAAUUCUAUACUUUUGUAAGAGAGAACAAGUAAGAAAUCACAAUUAGUUAGAGUGUGAUGGAUUCAAUUAACGAUGGUUUUCAAAAAUCAAAUGAUAUUAUUUUGAAUUAUAAGUAAUUGCAUUCUAAUUUAUAAAUUAUUUAUAAAAACGAGCAGUGCUAUAUUUUGAAUGGAACCGAACUGCAAUCUAUUAGAUUAAAGAAAUGGGAUGAACUGUUGUAUGAAUAAAGUGAUAACAAUGAGUGGGAGAGAUGUUUCUAAACUGCAGUUGAUAUACAUAGAGGUCAUUUGACUUUAUUAUGCAACAUUCCUGAAAAUGAUGUUUAAAGACAUUUUUGUAUCAAGGAGACUUGUUGUAAGUUAGCAUUGUAAUAUCUGUUGUCAUAAUUGCCAAAUAAAUAAUUGAAAAAUAAGUAAUCAGUUUUGACUAUCAUGCAUUUCCUAAUUUAAACUCAGAAUGAGGAAUACUUAUUUGAAUCGAUUGAGGAUCUCAUGGUAGGGUGUGGUUAUAGGGAUGUGUUUUAUGACUACUUAAGGGAAUUACUCCAAUACCAUCAGGUGAGCAUUCCAUAUUAGCAUUAAACCAAAGUCUUGAAGAUGUUCACUGAAAUGGAGGAUAAGGAAACUUGUACUAAAUUGAUAAUGUCAAUUUAAAAUAUAUAAAGAUAUGAUCCAAAAGGAUUGAUAGAUUUUUGUUUGGAAUAGGAUCUCAUAGAGCCCAUGAUGCAUGUUUGUUCACAAAUCAACGACUUUCUAACUCCAUAUCUAAGAAUUAUUACACUGCUUAGUCUUCUCUAAAGCAAGCAUGCUUUAACCGAGGAAGACAAUAAGAACAUUACUACUUUAACUCUAGACUAAUGUAAAGCCUGUCUAUUUAAUUUCUUGUCCUUCUGUUUUACUGGUCAAAAUCAAUCAAAUCCUGAGUCUUUCUUUACUGAUCGAUAGUUCAAGGCUAUGUUCAAAGAUCUGUUCGAAUACUUAUUUGAUUUGGAAAACAUCUAGAAACUAUUUGAAAUUGAUUACAUCAAGACUUUGGAAAUCUUUCUAUCAGUCUUUUCAGAAAGAAUACAAGAGAGCUUUAAGCAAUUCUUAAAUGAAGGCAAGGAAAUUAAUAUUGAAAUAUCCAACAAUACAAUGAUUGGUUUCUUACCUGAAAUACUAGAUAUUUAAUAAACAGAUUAUCAUCUAAGGAUCUUAUCAAAGGUUUAUGUUUUAAUAAAAUUGGCAGAAUAGGCAUAUUUUGGUAGGAUCAAUAAUGCUAAGCUGAUAGAUGAGUAUAUGAAUUAUUCUUGUGCAUUUUCAACCAACGUUUUUGCCAUUUGUCCAUUCCACUUGAAUAUUAAUCACAUUAUGGUUAAUCUAUUAAAUUACAUGGAUGCCCUUAGAAAAUAGCAUAACACAAUAUUUGACAUAAAUUGGAUUUUGCGGGGUAGAGUUUAAAAAGAUUUAUCUAGUGAAUUAGUGAAGAAUGAAUUUUUACACAAAGUUAUGGUAAAAGUGGAGAGGUAAUUCGAAGGGUAGUUUAAGUUAUUGGAAGAGUUGCGUUAAAAAGCGUAAGAAAAGAAUUGGAUUUGGAUGGAAGCAUUUUGUUUAAUAAAGAUGAGACGGUAGCCUGAAGCAUUAUAUUUGUAUAUGAGACAUCCAGAUCCAUUGUUAUCUGAACGUGUAUUUACAGCAUUGGCAGUCCAACUAAAAUAAAAAGAACAAGAUGAAUUCAUACAAGAUUGGAUUUAUAAGAAUUUGGCUUUGCUUGCAGCUGAGAACUCGCAUAAAUUGUUUUAGUUACUUUAUACAUACAAGAAAGAUGAUUUGAUGGAGGUGUUCAAGGAGAUGAAAUAAGUGGGAGUUGUGUUGGUGGAUUAGAAAAUAAAGAGUCAACAUAAGAUGGACCUCCUAAUGGGAUUUGUGGAGUAUUUGAAACCAAGAAUGAAGAUAGAUUAGGAUCUUCUUAAGAUUUGA